AUGACCCAGGACCCGGGCGGCAAGGAGGGAAACGCCCUGACGGAAUCCUCUCCCACGACCACGGAUCACCGACGGCCAGUUUCUCGACAACAUCCCCUUCACGACUGGGGCGGCCGACACGACGCGACGACCACCCGGGGACGUCGGCACCACCCGACUAACGAUUGCAGCAACUCACAAACGGCAACCCCGGCACGAGCGCGGCCGGAAUCCGGGUGGAAACCAUCGACCAACCACCCACCCCGCGACCACGACACUACGACACCACGACAAACACCGCGCACCAACCGCGCCCGACCGGCCCUCGAGCUGUGUCAUCUGUCUCGGAAGGAGCAGGCGGCGCCUCGAACCUCCUCGGUAUUUAUUGUACGAGUCAACAAGGACAACAGGGACGACAAGGACGACAGAACAGCCGACACCGGGACGAUCGCGAACCAAGGCCCUCGCCAAACAAUCAUGGCCGAGCCACCUUCCUCCCCGCCGCGCGGCGACGCAACCGCCGAGGAGUCGCUGGCCUGGUACAAGAACCAAUACGAGCAGCUGGCCGAGGAGCUGGCCGAGUUCCGAGAGUCGAGUCACGAGCUGGAGGCCGAGCUGGAGAAGGACCUCGACGCCGCCGACAAGCGUGAGCGCUCGCUGAGGGAACGAGCCGAGGGACUGCAGUUCGAGGUGGACGAGUGGAAGGAAAAAUGCAAAAAGGCCAAGACAGAGGCCAACGCGGCCCAGAACACGCUGGAGAAGGAGAUUACGACCCUCCGCGACACCAACCGCACCCUUCAGCUCAGGCUGCGCGACAUCGAGGUUGCCAACGAUGACUUUGAGCGACAGGCCCGCAACACCACCUCAUCCCUCGAGGACAUGGAGUCCAAAUACAACCAGGCCAUCGAGCGCAGCGUCAUGAUGGACGAGGAGAUCAAGAUCGGCGAGCAGGAGCGUGAGACGCUGCGCAUCGAGGCCCAGCGCCUGCGCGAGGAGCUUUCCGACCUCAAGAUCGAGGCCGACAUCCUGCAGGACAAGGUCAAGAAGGCCGAGAACCGCCACCUGUCCACCAUCUCUACCGACAUCUCCAUCCCCGACACCUCAACCUUCGAGAACUCACCGCGCUCCACCGCCAGCUCGCCCCUCAUCUCGACGCCGCCAGACGAGGUCGCCCUCCCGCCUCUCAGCAAGAUCCCCCCGCCGGCGAGCGAUCCGCCUUCGCCCCCCAUGUCCGACGCCUCGGCAUCCAUUCCCAGGCCGUCCUCCAAGCUCAAGACCCCAGGCCCGUCGGCGCAGAAGAGGUCGAGGCUGCCCUCGUCCGCAGACAACAGCGUCACGCCCAAGCCCAGGGCACUCAACUCAUCCACCAACAUGCGACCACCUGGAACACGCUCCGCAACCCAGACCCAAGUCCGCACGCCCGCCCCCGCGAGGACCCCGGCCAACCGUGCUACAUCGCACAGAAUACCCCCAUCCACCUCGCUCACACAUAUCCGCUCUCUUACGGCUCAGAUGCAGCGCCUCGAAGCUCGCGUCCAGAAUGCUCGCUCCAAGCUGCCUGCGCCCAUAUCAACUCCGCCGAGGGCCUCCCCUAGGGGGUCCACCCUAGCUGGUGUCGGCUCCGUCCCCUCUACGGUUACGGUCCGUAGUCGGAAACGCAAUGUCGGCUCCACGGCCUCGUCGACUGUUACCGACGAUACGCCAACCCAAAACACUACGACUGGUGGAACGGGAAAGCACGUGCCUCGACUUAGCACCUCGGGCAUCUCACGCCUAUCCUUUGGUCCGCUACCCAACCGAACCGCCAACUACGACCCCGAUUCGAGCUCAGUGUCCAUCUCGCGGCCCAGCAGUCGAGCUAGUAUCUCGUCUGGUCAGUUCGUGAAACCCGACAGGCCAGUCUCGCGCUCCGAGAUCGCGCGGCCAGUUUCGAGGACUUCACUGGGGGGAGCGAGGACACCUCUGGGCGUUAGGCCCCGGAGUUCCAUGAGCGGCAGCAUGCACGGCCACUCCCAAAGUGUCAGCCGUGUCGACUUCGACGACCUGGAUGAGGGAGAUAGCGGCCGCACCCCUUCUCGGCGAGGCACUUACAGCAAGUUCGACGCCGACCCGUCGACUAGUUCCAUCCCCAUGCCGAGACGACAGAGCGGUGGCCUUACUUCCAGCUCACGAAGGUCCAGUGGAGUCCCAUCGACGCUGGGCGACCUGGAUGAGACGUACUAG